AUGGAUCUAUUGAAUCACUUUCAAUAUACAGAGACCCCAGGUGGCUACAGUUCAUGUUAUUUUUUGGUAUCUUUUCCUUGUAGAGGAAGCAAUGAAGCUGUAAGACAUCCAGUUGCUUCAGCGAGAGCGCCCUCGGAGCAAGGGGUAGGUGACAUUUUUCUUUUUUAAAGACUGGUUUCUAUCAGCAUGGUAUUAGUCUUCGAGACCUACACUAGACUGAUGAGAGAAAGAGUUCUUUCCCGGAUCCAGGUACUGGUAUAGACUUCAAGUACUCUCUAAUUUUCUCACAAUAGAAUGGGGAGGGGUCUCAAAAGCUGUACGCGGUUAACUGUUCUUAAUUGAUGAAUCUGUGUACUCAGGAAACACUACACAAAAAACGGAUCAGUUAGUCCCCCGGGGUUGUACUUUAGGUCGGAACUUUUGCGUGGGAAUGUGCCGCUGGGACCUUAGCUGAACUAGGUCUGGUAUAGGUCAGGGGUUCUAACUUUGCUAUCCUAUACUUGACCAAACUUCUCAAAUCCCUUCCUAUCCUAGAGUCGCUUUUUUCCAGAUCCUACUGGGGUCAUCGCUUUCUUUGCUAAUAAACUGAGUUGCGGGUAAAUUUAAAUUUUCCGAUUUCAUUUUCUAGUGUCAGUCCCCGUUUUUCCCAGUUCUCGACCAACUGACCAGUUUUUCCUUGGAAAUGAUACACCCUAUUCUAGAUCCAAACCAGGGGCGCAGCGUCUAUAUACGCACGUACGCCCGCGAGAACACCUGCACUGAUCUGUAUAAUAUCAGUUCUUUUUCCCUGAUUUCCAGGAAGUAUUCUAAUCAUUAAAUCGGGAUUACUGAUAAUUCUCUUUCGCAUUAUAAUGGUGUCUUUACCCGUCUGAAGGGUGGACAUCUCACCCUUUGCUUGUAACCUCCUUGAUAGCGUCACCGUUUUCCCUUUUUCCCGUUAACAUUGUACCCUACCGAUAACACUAGAGAUGUAAACUAAACAACUAAACAUUGCAUUUCCCUCCGUAUUUAUUAACUGAAAAUGUCCUGACAAAUACGUAGCAAAUGGCAUUUCUGAGCCCCAAAUUUGAAAACAUUUCUGCUGGAGCAUGUCCCCAGACCUCCCUAGUUUGCAGUACCGUCGAAGGUCUAACCUUUCUUUCCUCACGCUACGUCCCUGCAAACUCUCUGAUUUUUGCACCUUAUCCCAGACUAAACUGUUUGAAAACCAUACCCUUCACAGCGGCACAUACCUAUGAGCCCAUAUAUGGUGGUAUCCCCCGGUCUAUGUCCUUCUAAGAAAAAAGAAUCUUUAUCAUUUCUUUUACUUACUGUAGGCGAUCGUGUGUCAACCCACUGAGGAAGUUGAUCAUCCCACUCAUGUGAGAGAACAGAGAGAAGAACAAAAUCCUCAACAGCCUGGUGCCAUACGAGGGACUCAGGAUGGGCUGAUGGGUCCCCAAGAUAUACCAUCUUUGGUAGCUUUGGUAUCAAGAUACCCUGAUCUCCUGGUGGAGCUACCUGUGAUGGUUGUCCAGUUGCACUCAGGGAGUAGCCAGGCGAUGCAGUAUCACGCUUGUGACAUGCAACCACAUCGUGAGCUGGACAGAGGAAGACUGCAGGUCAACGAGAGGUUAAGACCACAAGCAAGUCAGAAUGGAACUAGGUACUCUGUCGAGGAGACCAACCAAUUUCACGAGCAGGCCCAAGAAGAUGAACGCAUUGGUGCAAUUUCUCUUCCUCUGCAAAUAAUAAUUAACAGGUUAGUACGCUUAUGGUGCACACGGCGCAGUUGAGGGUCUGUACCUGGUAAUCUGGUGAACCUGCAGAGCUGGCAAAUUUGCUUUUUGCAGUUCAAUUUCUUUUGAUAGUAUACUGAUGUCUGAUUAGUUCACGCGUUAGAACCCCUUUUUUUAUCUUUUGGUUCAUCAUCUCAAACGGUCCAGCGGUCCGUUCCUCUCCAAAGAUCCGACAUUAAUUGACCGGCUCAGAAACUUGUAGUUGUUUACAUUCGGGAAAGAGGCUUUAGUUUUGCAGAUAACAUAAUAAAAGUGUAAGUAAACAAAACAAAAUGGAAUCGUUUGUUAACUAGGACACUGGAUCUUAAUCUUUCUUCAGAUUUUGAUUUGAGUAUUUGAAUUCCGGGGGAGGGGGGCACUGCCCAUAAUGGCCUACACGGGCAGGCUCCGCCCGAAAGGGGUACCUUUUUCAGGCUUCAGGUAUAUGAAAGGGGAGGGAUUUUACUCGUUGAAGUAUAUGAAAGGGUAGGGAAAUCUCAGCCUAGUCUCUAGUCGUUCUCUCUUGAUCCGUUGUCCGCGCGAAGUCUGGGAGAGAGCGGGCGGUGACGUCACAGCUUAUGGUAGAGUUCAGAAAUGACCGAGCCGAAAACGCCUGGGGACUAGGCUGGGGAAAUUUGUCAUUUGGGUCUGUGAAAGGGUCCAAAAGGGCUGAGAGAUGAAUUUUAUGGCUUUAUAAAGUCGAGAAAACGUUCCAUUUUUGUGACUGAUUCCUAUUGAAAAGGCAAAGCAUUUACAGCAGUUAAAAGGGAUGAAAAGUUCUAAACAAGGUAUGUGUAAAGGGUACCAUUUGUCAAUAGAAGGUAUACGAAAGGGAUACUUUUUUCGUGAAAAAUGGUUUAUAAAAGGGUAGGGGGUUAAACCUCGGGGCAGAGCCUCCCCGUAUAAAAAUUUGUUAAGUACCGUCCUCCGGAAUUUGAAUUCGGGACUUUCGAGAAACGAGAAAGUGCCUAGCGGCGGGGAUUGAGGAGAGACUAUAUUUGCUUCUAUAACUUCGAUAAUCCUCUCAGUUACUUCUAAUUCUUUGUCCUGCGAGUUGUAAUGUAGGUUUUUUUUAACUAAUUAAGUCAUUAUUUUAUCUUCAUAUUACAUGGGUUUACAACAAACCAACUAAAUAAUUUGUAAGCUCAAUUGGUUAGACUGGGCUCUACCGAUAUCCCAGAGGUCCAAGCCUGAAUUUGUCAGGCUUUCUUCCCGCAACUGCGUUGCAUGUAAAAGUUGCUUCCUAGUAAAAUGAUUCUCUUUACAUUUAAUUCUCUAUUCCGCAACAGUUCUAAUAUAUGUUCAUACGUUCAUUAUUUGAUUUGUUAGCCACUGUUUACGUACUGUUUCAAAUUAUUUUUUUCUUUUUGGCAGAUUUUAAAAAUUGCUCAUGAAAAACCACACUCAACAUUUUACAGAAAAUAAUUAUAACAUAUAUAAUGAUAAGAUGAUUUUCAUUUCCAUAGGUUAAGUCCUCCAGAGCCAAAGUCAUCCAUUGGUCAGAACUGUGGUGGAAAAUAUAUUUGGAAGAUAGAGCAUUUCUCUCAGCACCUCCAGGAUGCUCUUAAUGGAAUAAUAACAUCACUUGAGAGCCCUCCAAUUUACACAGGCCUACAAGAAUACAAGUUCUUCAUGCGCAUAUUCCUAAAAGGCGUUAAUGGUGGAGAUGGAAGACACAUGGGCCUUUUUGUUGGCAUGAUGAAGGGAGAAUACGAUACUGUUCUGGAAUGGCCCUUCUGUGGACGAAUCUCUCUCACCAUCAAGGAUCAAAGCACUGAUGUUCAUGGCUUUCGCAACGAUAUCAGUGGCACUUUCAUGGCCAAUAGAAAUCUGGGAGCUUUUCAGAAACCUGCUGCCGCCGAGAGCGGAUACACCACACUGUAUGGCUACGCAGAGUUUGCGCCCGUCACCACGGUUUGUAACCAAAAGUACUCUAAAGAUGACACAGUGAUGGUCAAGAUUGAGAUCCAUAAAAACAUCUAA